AUGACUACUUACAUUCCUGCCAUCACAGUCCCGUCGGCCGUGUUCCUGAAUCCAGCCUCUUCGAUUCUUCUGCCCAUAACAUUGGGCACAGCCGUUGGCUUUGGGACUCGACCUUCCAAAACGCAAAAGACAUAUCUUGCUCUGAAGCAACCUCCUCUACACCCUCCGCCAUGGGUCUUCGGACCCGUCUGGACAGUCCUCUAUGGCCUCAUGGGCUACGCCGCCUACCGCGCCACUUUCAACGGACUCUCUCCCUUGUCCUCCCCUCAAACCAUCCGAACGACCAGGCACAGCAUGACCGUCUACUCCAUCCAGCUCGGACUUAACCUCAUCUGGAUGCCCCUCUUCUUCGUCGCAAAGCGUCCCGUUGAGGCCACGGCUGACAUCGUCGCCCUGCUGGGCCUCAACGGAUACCUGGCGUAUCUCUGGGGGUCCGUCGACUCUGUUGCCGCCUGGUGCCAGGCACCGUAUCUGGCAUGGCUGGGCUUUGCGACGUAUUUGAGCGCAGGAGCAGGCUAUUUGAAUGGUUGGAAUCUGCAAGAUAAGGAGAAUGCUAGGGAGGAUGAGAAGCAGCAGCAAAACUAA